CCCUUCCUAUUUAACAAGGUAGCCACCCCACACCCUUUGCACCUCAGCAAGCACCAACACACACGCUAGGAAUGGCGAUGGCCAGGACUACGACGCUCCUGCUGGUCGCCGCGGCUCUCCUCGGGGCCUCAUGCAGCGCGUGGGAGGUCAACAUCCGCAUGCCGACCUCGGCCGCGGACGUGGACGAGGCCGUGGUGGCGCCGCUGAUCCAUGCGCUGCGGCCGCUGCUGGGUUCCGGCAAGCACGCCGGAGUGGAGUGCGACAGCUGGGUGCUGGGCGUGGAGGCGCACAACGUGCGGGACUGGAAGACGGUGCCCGCCAGCUGCGAGGGCUACGUCGGCCAUUACAUGCUCGGCAAGCACUUCCGCCGCGACUCCAAGAUUGUCAUCGACCAGGCCCUCGCCUACGUCGACUCCCUCAAGCUCGCAGGCAAUGGCAAGGAGGUGUGGGUCUUCGACAUCGACGAGACCACCCUCUCCAACCUCCCCUACUACGCCAAGCACGGCUUCGGGGCUACACCGUUCAACGCGACGAGCUUCAAUGCGUACGUGCUGGAGGGGAGCGCGCCAGCGCUGCCAGAGACGAAGAGGUUGUACAACAAGCUGCUCUCGGUCGGCAUCAAGCCGGUGUUCCUCACUGGACGGACCGAGGACCAGAGGGCCGUCACCAUCACCAACCUCCGCCGCCAGGGGAUCUCCGGCUGGAUGAACCUGCUGCUGAAGCAGCCCGGUUUCAAGGGCUCUGCGGUGACCUACAAGUCCGGCGAGAGGCAGAAGCUGCAGGACGCUGGGUUAGUCAUCGUCGGCAACAUCGGCGAUCAGUGGAGCGACAUCCUUGGCGCGCCGGAGGGCGCCCGCACGUUCAAGCUCCCCGACCCCAUGUACUACAUCGGCUAGGCUGUUUCCUGACACCAUUGAUUCCUCCUCAGUCCUGAUCCACGAAUGAAUAAACUCCAUGCUCUUAAUCAUAUGCAUGCUUCGUCAAUAAUCGCCCCCGCGCGCACCCUGUUGUUGCUUGAUUAAUUUCGAUUGUUGAGAACUUGAGAUCAGUUAUUAUGAAUUAGACAUGCUCUGGGAAAGCUGCUUGUUGCUUAA